CAACACACUUACAGAACACAAACAUACAUGUCAAAAGCCGACCACCCCUUUCUCGAUCUAGUUCACGAUUCGGAGGCAGCAACGCAGGAGGAAGCUCUACCGAGGAGAAGCCGCCAAAGAAGGAAGAAAAUAAGAAAGCAGAGCAAGGAGAUGAAAAGAAAGCCGGCCACCCCCUUUCUCUCAGACCGUCCAAGCCGUCAUUCCUCUUUCUCUCCAAGCCCAACCCUUCUACCGAAGCCACUGAGGGUUGAAUCGACGGUCAGCGUAGCGUUAGAGCAGAGAAGAUAGCGGCACAGCUGAUUGGCUUCGAGAUUGAACAAGGAUUCGCCCCUUUCUCCAAGCCCUAACCCUAGCUCCCUCUCUCAUUCGAAGCCCUAAAUUCGAAGGACACGAAUUGAGACUUCUGAGAGGACAUUAGAUGCUCCCGAUCUGGUUGAUGAUUACUACUUGAAUUUAUUAGAUUGGGGUAGCAGCAAUGUUCUUGCCAUUGCUCUUGGAAACACGGUAUAUCUAUUUACCAUUCGUCAAGAUCUUUAUCAAUGACAUCUCUAAGGGAACACCAAUGGCUUGCUUAAAUACUGUUAAAGUGUUUUAUCAGCAAGAAUUGAAGAAGCUACAACAACAAAUAGAUAUGCUUCAGAAUACCAACAGGUAUUUGACGGGCGAAGGCUGCUCUUUAAAUGCGAAGGAAUUGGAGCAGAUGGAAAACAGACUUGAACAAGGCAUUGCAAGAAUCAAGUCUAAAAAGGAAGAAAUGAUACUAGGAGAAAUUGAAAGUAGUAAGAAACGACUGAAACUCAAUUAUGGGUUUGAAAUGAUACGAAGGGUUUGAAGAAUCAAAUCCAAACCUUAUAAACAUGAAGCAGGUCGUUGGAUUAAAUCACAAACUACCAAUUUUGGGUGUUUUUUGUGUUAAAACCAUAAUUUCAAGGACUUCAUGAAAUUAGCACUAAGGCAUUGGUGAAAGCGUAAGUCAUAGUAAUUUGAAACUGAUCUUUGAGUUGAGAAUAGCUUUUGAUUGUUGUGGGAGGAGUGAUGCUUGCUAGCUGCCACUUCUAGAGAUUAUGGUUAUUGGGUGUGUAUUUGGAAAGAGGUAAUGUUGGGCAAGUUUAUGCAUUUGCCCGGUAGUGUCAUGAUACUAGAUACUGGAAAUUAUCCUUCUCUGAGUGAAGUAGUACAUUGAUUUCUAUAUGUGGAUGCAACUAAUGUAUGUGGAUGAUGAUGCUACAAUGUAUUUAUGUUUGUUAGUUCCUUGAGGAUUCAUCUUGCUGUAAGCUUCUUGGCAGAACUAACAUUUCUGAUGAACAUGCAUGCACCAAUAGAAAUUGUUUACCUAUUAAAUAAGCCUUGCUUAAGCUUUAAUACUGGGAUUAUUUCCUUGACACACUGAACUUGCUUUGCUUGAGUGUUGAGAUUGUUUACCCCAUCUAACUUUUCAAGAUUUAACUCACAUAUAAGCGUUAAUUUCACCACAAAUAUUAGCUUCUUAUUUUAACACAAAAUGUAGUGCUCCUUCAUUGAAACUCUUACUGAAUCUUAUUAACUUUUCCACAAUCUGAUCAACUGCUCUCCCAAUUUCCUUUUGGGAAACAAUGACUAUCAUCUUCUCUUGUGAUUUUGCAUGCUUUAUCAAAUAUUGUAUGAGUCCAAUUUCAGAUUCCUCUUUUGUAAUCUCAAUCUUUGUUAUCUUCAUAAAAAGUAGAAAUUCAAGAUCUUGAGAUUCCCAGUAGUCUAAUUCAGAUACUGGUGGUGUUGAUUUAUGUGUUAAUUGAAUGUAGUCUAUACAGCUCACACUCAACGUCUUCAGAUUAGGCAAACUUCCCAGAAAGAAGGCCAGUGCAGGAAUUUUAUGUUGUCUUUUACAACAACCUUGUAUAUCCAAGUUUUCCACAUUAAUCAUAUAGGGUAGACCAUCUUUUUUAAGCAGCUCCUCAAGAAUCCAAUUCUCUAGUUUCAGAGAUUUGACUCGGCUGACAAAUGGAAGAAGCUGAACUACUAAACUUUCGUAAUUUGGACUUAAUUCAAAAGUACUUGUACAUGUUAAUACUUGCUUUGGGAUUAUUUCCUUGACACACUGAACUUGCUUUGCUUGAGUUAAGACCAUGUUAAUACUUGCUUUGCUUGAGUAAAGACGAAGAGUAGAUCUUUCAAAGUACCUUUAUUAUAAUGCUUGCUUUGCUUGGUUUAAUUUUGGCAACUUUACAACUUACUUUACAUUAAUUCUCUUACUUUAACUA